UCAUGUAUGACAGUGUGCGAUCCGAUAUCGUGAAUUGUAAACAAAGCUAAUAAUAACAAAUUAUAAGAAUUCAAUUGUGGAAAAUAUGAAUAAAGUACCACCGAAACCUAAAAAACUAAAAGGUGCAUCACGAGAUGAACUCUCAAGUUUGGACAAAAAUGUAUGGAAUCAUAAUUGUAGAAAAAAAGAAACAUAACCUCUUAUGCAUUCAAUUUUUUAAAUAUCUUAAAAAUUUACAGGAACUUAUUGAUAGAAUAAUACAGCUACAAGCUCACAACUUACAGCUAAAAAAUAUUAUUAGUAAAAGCAUGUCCGAAGAUACCAAAUGUGAUAACAAAAAUGACAAACGUCCAUUUGAUUUUUCAAAAUGUCACUACCGUAAAGUCCUCCUCCGCAUUCUCUACUUCGGCUGGGACUACCAAGGCCUGGCGGUACAGGAAGACAGCAAUCAGACGAUUGAGCAUCACCUCUUCCACGCAUUGAUCAAGUCAUGCUUAAUACAGAGUCGCGAGACUUCACAAUAUCAUCGUUGUGGACGGACAGAUAAAGGUGUCAGUGCUUUUGGACAGGUUAUAUCUAUAACACUACGCAGCAAAUUCCCUCCGGAGACACAACAGACGGCACCCUUAGAGACCGAGAUGGCUUACUGCAAGAUCCUCAAUCGUUUGUUGCCGAAGGAAAUUAGGGCUGUAGCAUGGAUGCCUGUGCCAGAGGAAAAGCCGGAGUAUAGUGCUCGCUUUGACUGCAAGAAACGUCAAUACAAAUACUAUUUCCCGCGCUCAAAUCUCGAUCUUCCCGCUAUGCGUCAAGCGGCGAGCCACCUGAUUGGCUCCCACGACUUCCGCCAUCUUUGUAAGAUGGAUGUCGGGAACGGGGUGACGGAGUUUACGAGGAAUAUACUGGCAGCUGACAUUGUUGCUGUGGGGGAAGACAGUGAAGAUCCAUCAACAAUGUACUGCCUUGUCAUAGAAGGCAACGCGUUUCUCUGGCAUCAGAUACGAUGUAUUAUGGCUGUGGUACUACUGGUAGGACUAGGACUGGAGUCGCAUGAAGUGGUGAGGGAGUUGCUUGACGUCGAGUCUCAUGAUAGGAAACCCCAAUACAACAUGGCCCUAGACGUACCGCUCAACCUAUUCAAAUGCAGCUACGAUUUGGAAGAUUCACAACACUGGUAUUACGAUAAAGUCGAGCUACGCAGUGUCAUAACCGACUUGCAGGGUGAAUGGACUGUUUAUAAUAUUAAAACCACGAUGAUAAAAGACACCCUACAUCAGUUAGAAACGGAAUACUCAAAGCUGUGUGCGAGCGAGACAGAUAGCGAGAAGAGAGUGACGGCGUACACGGAUUGUCUGACACAAGGCGUGAAGGCCAGGGUUUACACGCCUCUGAUGAAGAGGGAUAAAUGUUCGAGCCUGGAAGAAAUGAUCGAGUUUUACAAAAAGAAGAGAAAAAUUACAUGAUUUUAAUAAAUUAUUUACAUAAAA